GUUCCGUUACAUCGCCGGGCAUCUACCGCUUCACCCAGAGCCCAGCACACCAGCCGGGGCUGCCCAGGAGCCUUCUAUGGCCUUCUUCCCACCCAACCCCGCUUUUCGCUUGUUUUCCCGCUUUCUCAUUUCCGCCCUUUAACAGCAUACUGGCGAGGCGCUGGGCAGAACAGACCGAAAAGCAGAGAGAGGGAGAAAGAGAGAGAGAGAGAAAGAACAAAUUCGAUGCACCUGCCUCUGUCCGCCAGAGUUUGUGAAGGGUCGUAACCAUGUCGGAGUCGGGGGACAUAAGUGAAUUUGGCUACAUCAUGGAAUUGAUAGCCAGAGGCAAGGUUACCAUUAAGAAUAUCGAAAGAGAGCUCAUUUGCCCAGCAUGCAAGGAGCUGUUUACCCACCCGUUGAUUCUCCCUUGUCAACAUAGUAUUUGUCAUAAGUGCGUGAAAGAACUCUUACUGACACUUGAUGAUUCAUGCAAUGACAUGGGAUCAGACAACUCCAAUCCAAGCAGUCCUCGACUUUGGGUCCCCUCCCCUAGCAUGGAUAAAAUUGACAGGAUUAACAGACCAGGCUGGAAGCGCAAUUCAUUGACCCCUAGGACUACUACUUUUCCUUGCCCUGGCUGUGAGCAUGACGUGGAUCUUGGAGAGCGAGGAAUCAACGGUCUGUUUAGAAAUUUCACUUUGGAAACUAUUGUUGAAAGAUACCGGCAAGCAGCCAGGGCAGCUACAGCCAUUAUGUGUGACCUUUGUAAACCACCACCUCAAGAAUCCACAAAAAGUUGCAUGGACUGUAGUGCAAGCUACUGCAAUGAAUGCUUCAAAAUUUAUCAUCCUUGGGGUACUAUAAAAGCUCAGCAUGAGUACGUGGGCCCAACCACUAAUUUCAGACCCAAGAUUUUAAUGUGCCCAGAACAUGAAACAGAGAGAAUAAACAUGUACUGUGAAUUAUGUAGGAGGCCAGUUUGUCAUCUCUGUAAGCUGGGUGGUAAUCAUUCCAAUCACCGUGUAACCACUAUGAGCAGUGCCUACAAAACAUUAAAGGAAAAGCUUUCAAAGGAUAUUGAUUACCUUAUUGGCAAGGAGAGCCAAGUGAAGAGUCAGAUUUCUGAACUAAACUUGCUAAUGAAGGAAACAGAGUGUAAUGGAGAAAGGGCUAAAGAAGAUGCUAUUACACAUUUUGAAAAGCUCUUUGACAUUCUAGAAGAGAGAAAAUCAUCUGUUUUGAAAGCAAUCGAUGCUUCGAAGAAACUCAGAUUAGACAAAUUUCAGACUCAAAUGGAAGAAUAUCAGGGACUUUUAGAGAAUAAUGGACUUGUGGGAUAUGCUCAAGAAGUGCUUAAGGAGACGGAUCAGUCUUGCUUCGUACAGACAGCCAAACAACUCCACCUCAGAAUACAGAAAGCUACAGAAUCUUUGAAGAGCUUUAGACCUGCGGCCCAGACUUCUUUUGAAGACUAUGUUGUUAAUACAUCUAAACAAACAGAACUUCUUGGAGAAUUGUCCUUUUUCUCUAGUGGCAUAGAUGUGCCAGAGAUCAAUGAGGAAGAGAGCAAAGUUUAUAACAAUGCUUUGAUAAGUUGGCACCAUCCAGAAAAGGAUAAAGCUGAUAGCUAUGUCCUCGAAUAUCGGAAGAUUAAUAGAGAUGAAGAGAUGUUGUCUUGGAAUGAGAUAGAAGUUUGUGGCACAAAUAAAGUUAUUUCAGAACUUGAGAGUAACUGUAACUACGCUUUCAGAGUACGAGCCUACAAGGGUUCAAUCUGUAGUCCUUGCAGCAGAGAACUGAUUCUUCAUACUCCUCCAGCUCCAGUUUUCAAUUUUCUCUUUGAUGAAAAAUGUGGCUAUAAUAAUGAACACCUCUUGCUGAACUUGAAGAGAGACCGUGUAGAGAGUAGAGCUGGAUUUAACCUUCUGCUCGCUGCGGAACGUAUCCAAGUGGGUUGUUACACAAGCUUAGACUACAUCAUUGGAGAUGUUGGAAUUACAAAAGGGAAACACUUUUGGGCCUUCCGUGUGGAACCGUAUUCUUACCUGGUGAAAGCGGGAGUUGCCUCCAGUGAUAAACUGCAAGAGUGGCUUCGUUCUCCCCGGGAUGCAGUUAGUCCAAGAUAUGAGCAAGACAGUGGACAUGACAGCGGAAGUGAAGAUGCCUGUUUUGAUUCUUCACAACGCUUUACAUUAGUUACUAUAGGCAUGAAGAAAUUUUUUAUACCCAAGUCACCUACUUCUUCUAAUGAACCUGAAAAUAGAGUUCUUCCCAUGCCAACAAGCAUAGGGAUUUUCCUUGACUAUGAUAAAGGCAAAGUGGGUUUCUACGACAUGGAUCACAUGAAAUGCCUUUAUGAGCGCCAAGUGGACUGUUCGCACACGAUGUAUCCAGCAUUUGCAUUAAUGGGCAGUGGAGGAAUUCAGCUGGAAGAAUCCAUCACCGCAAAAUAUUUAGAAUAUCAAGAGGACCUGUAAUUUAAGCAUCUGAUGUGAUUUAGAAGGAAACAUGUAGGCAGAAUAAUGCCUUGGUAUUAACCUUCAUAACUAAUUACAUGUCAUCCAAGUAUUCUGUCGCCACACUUGUUUUUUGUGUAUGCUUCUUCUUAAAACACAGAAAACCUAAACAGCCUUUCCUCUUCCAUGUCGCUCUUCUGCCUUUCAAAAACAACAGGAAAAAGGCGCUCUUUCCUACUUAACACUGAAAUGGUUAACUGGGUUGUCUUUCUUUCUUUAUGAACAGGGAAUCUUAUUUAUGUUAGCUGGUGUUGCUGAUACAUUCCUUUUGGGGGGGAGGUCCAUACAAAUGUAUUUAUUAUACCUCUUUUGUGUUUGUUUUUCAUUUCUAUAUUAUGUUUAUGUCCUAAGAGAAGAUGUUUUUUAAAUGCCUUAUGGAUAGAAAUUAGUAGUACUAAGCAUUGUGUCUUGCAUUUGUUUUUAAAAGGUAUAGAUACGGAAAAAGAAAAAAAGCCUGGAGAAAUGGCAAUAUAUUUAAAUGGAAAAUUAUGUAUUUUGAGGUGUGUAAAUAAUAUUGCCUGGAAAAUGAAUAUUGCUGGGGUUUUUUAAAAGACCAUAAACUGUAUUCUUAAGGACAUUUAAAAGAUUUUCUUAGCUGUAAUGCUCAUACGUGCAUGUAUAAGUAAACAUGGUUUCUUGCAGGAAACACAAAGUUAGUGGUAACACAUGAAGCUCUUCAUUUUAUAUAGUUUUUUUUUUUCAGAAAAAUGUGUCCAGUUUUUCUUAUUGCUCUUAUGAAAAUAUUUGCACAUUAUGUUAAAUAAUUAUUUUUCAUAAAUAUCAGAGAAGAUAGAUUGAUAAUUGGUCAUAUUUGUUUUUUUAAUCCCCUCUUGUGUCUUGUGAUUUUUAUUUUUUGGCAUAAAUAUUACAUAUCAGAUUGUCCUGGUUUAUGUUUACAU